CCUACAUCGUCAUUGACGCCAUGUUGGAUAUGAUGGAGGUAGAAGCGUCUGUCGAUAUCCUCGGAUAUCUAAAACAAAUAAGAGGCGAUCGGGUAGACAUGGUUCAGACAGUGCAUCAAUGUGUUUGCAUUUACAACGCAUUGCUUGAGUUUCAUCUCAAAAGUGUUGUGCAAUUCCCACUGUCAGAAUUUUCAAGUCGGAUAGCACACUUGAAAAGGUUAAAUCCUGUUACAAAGACAACAUUUAUCGAAGAAGAAUUUCAGAUGCUGAAUGCCAUUACACCAUCACCAGGAGCAGAGGCAAUGCCAAGCGGCUGUCAACAACACAACAUCAAGAAAAACCUAUUUGCAAAUGUAUCGCAAGUUGAUCGAUCACGAGUGAUACUGAAUUUUGAAAGCAACAAUUAUAUCAACGCUUCAUUUGUGAAUAGUUACAAAGCAUUCAACAAAUUCAUUGCUACUCAGAUGCCACUAACAGAAACUGUAGACGAUUUUUGGAGGCUAGUUCACGAUUGGAAAGCAACUGCGAUUGUGGUGCUUAAUUCAAUAGACUUGACAUGCGCACAAUACUGGCAGGAGAAUGAGGGCAGUACUAAACAUGUUGGCAAUAUGAAAAUACAACUCAACUCGUAUGAAAGUAGAGGCGAUCACAUAAUUAUCAGGAAGUUUUUCAUAAACGAUGAAGUCGAUGAAAAACGUGAACCAUUAGCUGUAACGCAAUAUCAGGUGACAGACUGGCCAGUAGGCCAAGAUAGCCCGAACAGGUUGGAAACUUUAUUGGAGGUAUAUGAAAUAGUUGAAUCAAACCUUGAUGUACAGAAGGGGCACCCAGUUGUUGUACAUUGCAUGAAUGGGAUGGGUCGAACUGGGGUUUAUUGUGCCAUCACUGAGACACUGGACAGGAUAAAGCAUGAUGGCGUUGUUGAUGUCUUUCAGUCAGUGAAACGACUUCGGGCAAACAGACCAGGAUUGGUGGAAAACAUCGAACAGUACACACACUGCUAUGACCUCGUCGGAGCCUACAUACAACGAACCGUAUUGAAACUAGAUGAUGAUUAGUUGUUCUACUUAAAACCUACAUAUUCCAACGACACUCGCACUUUGCUUACUGGUGUGCAUCCAAGUUCAUAAUGGCUACACCAUGAUUGUGUAUACCUAGAUUUAUUAAUAGUACAGUAUAAUCUCCAAGUUAUAAAAUUUAAUUUUGAAGUUUGAUAUAUAUGAUCUAUAAACGGAUUGGAAACGAUUGCUAAUGAUAAAUAUAAUGGGUGUAGAUAAACAAAUAUGAAUAUUGCUAUAUAUGGUUUUACAAUACGGUCUUUUCUCUGUUGCCAUGCUAUUUUUAAAUACGAGAUAGGAAGAUCGUUCAUAAAUUUGCUAGAGUUUCCAAGGAGUAUAUCCAUUUUAGUGUUACAAUCUCCACUCAUGAAUAAGUGGCAUAAAUAAUAAUCAGAAUUUGAUGUGAUUUUCUUAUCCGCAGCGAUAUAUUACUCAGAUAUGUUUUUUUAAAGUGUUCUACAUGUUAACAUAAAAUGUAUGAUAUCCUCCUCACUUUCUGGCAAAGAGGGCAGUAUUUAUCAACAGGAGAAUCAUAAUUAUAUUAUUUACAUACUAUGGCAUUAAGUUGGAGGGCAUUGGAUCUUGCUUUAAACUGCUUUCGUGGAAAUCAGUUUCAUUUCUUAAAUAAUCCUCCAUUUUGGAGAAUUCCUUAAUUCUAAUAUAAUGAAUAAAGGGAUGAUUUAUUGACUACAUUACUAAACCAGUUGACAUUACUCAACUCGAUGUUUAAAUGUACAUUAUAUUACCAACGUAGGAUUACCACACACCCUUUUAAUCCUAUUCAUAUGGUAAUAACUGGUGCUCAUAGUAUAAUUAGUAAAGUAUCAGUUAUUUCUUUAUUGUAUUAAGUAGGCCUUUUUUCCCACCAGGGUAGGACAACAACCACUCAGGACAACAACCACUCAGGACAAUAACCAACCGGACAUAAACCAACCCAACCCAAAAUGGACUAUACCAUUGUGAAAGUGGGGUAGGCUUUGGGGUGGACAAUGGGGUGGUCUUUAAAGGUUGCAAUUUGUUUGAUGAGUUUAACACAACACUUGCAAAUUUGUAGUAAAUUUUAAUAAAUAAUAACGGGUUUUUUUUAUCUUUAUGGUAUUUGUUUAAUAUUUUAGUAUUAUAAAUUUAUUUAAAUUUCAAAAAAAGGAUGUGUUCCUAGUUCCUUUAAAACUUACUUUCAAUUAAAUAUUUCGAAUAUUUUAUAUAAAUAUUUUGAAUAGAGCACAUCAUUAAUUUUAUAAUGAGGGCCCAAUGACUUUAAUCGGACAAUUAUGUGUAAAGUUAAACUAUUUUGAAUUAUAAUUAUUAUCUGUAAACUGGCCUAUAAAGUUCUGAGCAAAAGGGCUCUAAAAGGACUGCAGAAAUUGAAGAAAAAUCACAGCAGCAUUCAAAGAAACUCCUUAGCAACAACACAGUUCGCUAUUGCGAUAACAUUUUAUACGGUUUGCUAGAAAUAGUUUGGGGAACAGAGAUGUUCUAUUUUUAACCCCAGGGAUUUAAUUAUUGAUAUCUCGGGGGAAUUGGUUAUACCUUUAUAAAGCUGAAGCAUCUACGUGCUUAUUAUGGCAUCCCCGUUGUUCUGAUGAAUUUAGUAGACAUAAGAAGUGUUUUAUUCGCCAAGCCUUGUUGGAGAGGGUGUUUUGUCGGGGUGUGGAUGAAAAAGGGACGGGGUGGGGUUAUGGGGUCUGGAUUAUUUUUUUUUUAAUUAUUAUUUAUAAACAUUUAAGACAUAAAGCAUUUUCAGAAUUAACCAAGUAUUUAGUGAAAUAAUCAGGAUUUAUAUUGUUGCAAGCUACAUUGUAGCAUCGAGAGGUGGUAAACAAUCUGUUUCGAACUACCAGCCCCAUCAUUAAAAUACUGGUAUCAAAUUAAUUACUCUAUCUUAAAGUUAAAGUCAAAAUAUUUACCGUUAUUUA